UCAGGGAUAGUCCUAGAGAUUCAAGGCUGAAUAUUAGCACGAUAGCCAUUCCUAAAUUGGAGAGGUAUGGAUCCAUGCGCCUAGGAGGCAUAUUUGGAAUGACUGAUAUAACUCACUUUCCUUCUCCAUCCAAACCGUUUUUGUUAUAUAUCAUCUAGGCAUCACCCAACACAACCAUGGCCACCACUUUCACGUCCACCAUCCACGACUCUAGGCAAUAUUUUUAUUCAACAGCAAUGGAUUCUUCAGCGGAUAAAGAAGAACGCAAGCGCGAGUACAAUCGUCUUGCACAAAGAGAAUUCCGCCGAAGAAGAAAGGAACACCUCAAGAACCUCGAGCAAGCCCAAAAAGAACAGAGCUCGGAGCAAUCUGAAGAGAUUGAGCGCUUGAGAUAUCAAAAUGACGAACUCAGAAGAGAAAACGAAACUCUUCGGGCGCAACUAUACGGCUCAACGACACAAAGUCUCCUGCUUCAACCAGUAGGACAAAUUCCUUCCGAUCAUCGACAAUACUCUUUAUCCCCAUCUAUUUCUGGCGCAUCUAUUUCAAAUGCCGGUAGUCCCCCGGCUUCUUUAAGCUCAGAGAUGAUGUCCAUGGGCUCAAUACCAAUGACAUCGACGAUGAUUUCACCAUCCACAUAUGCAUAUGCCGAUUCGGCUGCUUUAUCUUCUCAGCCAUAUAUGGUACAUCAAUCCGGGCUCCGUCCACAUAACUCACAAAGCUCACCUGAUACAUCAGGAUACACACGGAAUGCUCAAUCUGCAAUGGGGCCUUCAAAUUUUCAACACCCCUCUCUAAGCGUCCCUCGAGCCAGCGGCAGUGGCAACGCUACCGAUCAACAACCUAGGGCAUCUUCCUCAAGACAAAAUGUCUUGGUGGCUACGGUGCCAUACGAUCGCAAAAGAUGUUGCAUUGAGAUUCGGGAACUUUUCCGUCCACUCCUUUCCGACCCUGCUAUUGUAGAUGGCUCCUCUCCAGACCGUCAUCUCGCCCUUCUGCGCUCCAUGACUGACAUGCUUCCUCCAAGCCUCAAGCCCAACAAGUCACAACUCGAAAAAGCUCACUAUUACGCUAUUGAUAUGAUCGCUUCUCCUUCAUUGCGAGAACGACUGAUGAAUUUAGCUGCAGAUAUAGCGCCAAGUUUUAUUCAGGACUUUGGGAGUUGCAUUGGAGAGGCAGAUGACACGGGGCAAAUCAUCAUAUGGGGAGACAAUCCUUACAACGAGAUAUCAUGGGAAGUUUCGCAACCUUUAUCAGAGCGAUGGGGCUGGUUACUCGGCCGGGAUUUUGUGGACAGAAGCAAUGCGUGGAGAGCACAACGAGGUGCCCCCCCUCUACCUAAUUGGUAAAGAAGGAGUUUUGGGAGUGCCGUUUGAAAGGGUGGGAUUUGGGUAUGAAAACGGACUUCAACGAAAUACGGAGUGAAAUUGAGCAUUACAAUAUACCACAGCAUAGCGAAUGGCGUUUAGCAUAUUGAGUAUGUAUUAUUUUUUAUUGGAUUAGAGGUUUUAUGUAUAGAGACCAUUCUGGGCCCGAUAGACAUGAGACGAAUACCAGGUCUGUGUUUGGCAAUCGGAUCCCAAUUUUGAUUUUGAUUUUUCUACCAGCCUACUCUUGAAAAUGGUGUUGAUGAGGCUUGAAUUACCUAUCUAUGCAUGUGAUGAAAACCAUAGAAGAGGUAUAACCAAGGGUCCGAGGGCCAAGUUGUUGGUACUGUACUACGGCGUUGCAACUUGCACGCGAUAAAUUAGUGGACUUUAGUUUGAGGGGUACACCAAGAGAUUUCAUGUCGUUCCUAUCUUCCAAUAGAUUAUCAGACAAUCGACUGAGUCCAAGAAGAUCUAAUCAGGAUAAGCUCUAGCCGGAUAUUCUAAUCGACUUAUUUUCAACACAUGAUAAUCUUUGGUAUAAUCCGGAACUUCACUCCGAGCAUUGAAUCUACAUAUGAGACGCGUAGUACACCAUCGACAAUACCGCUACACCUCCCAAGCAUGUCAAAACUGCCAAUAAUGCCUUAGCAUAAGGAGUUUUCCGAGUGAGGUGUGAGUGGCAAGGUUCGAAUAUUGUUCAUCGACGGGGUCCCAACGAAGAGAUAGACUUAUCAAUUGUCAGAGUUGAUCUGGUCAAUUGGAAGCUACUGAGCCACUGAGCUACCCCGCCAUGUACGUAUGUAUGUAUGGUUGUAUUGAGAUCUUAGAUCUCAACAAGCUAGGUGCUCG